AUGCCUAAAAGCUGUCACGACUGGCACCUCACCAGUAGUGGCGUCGCCCACCACCUGAUCCCACCUAUAGGUUUUUAUCCAGCGAAUGUGCAGUCCACAAUUGGGGAUCCCCUGCCCCUGGGCGUCAGGCAUGAUUUGCACGUCUGGGAUUUCGACGAGGUCAUCAGCAGAUGGGAGACAACCUCCGGCAAGGCUUAUGAACACAAGAACCUCAGCGGGCCGCUGGCGCAGCCCAGGGCCUCAGAGCUGUCGGACCCCAGGCGGACAAUGGGGAUGAAGGAAUUAAGUGGGAAGUUCAGGCACAGCGGCUGCAGCUUCCCUCAGAUCGUCAGGCAGCGGUGCAGUGAGACGAAGGCGCAAUACACCGGCUGGCCCAACGUGGACCCGAGGGUUCCCGCUUCCGCGGGGCUCCAAUUCCUGGCGCUUGUGAGCGGCCACGGCGGGCGCCUUUCCCAGAGCCCUGAGCUGGCGGGCCGGAUCUUCAGAGUAAAGGACAGAGGCAUUCUGGACCGUCACCAGCCCUAUCUCUCCACCAUGACCAAGGACUUCCAACCCUUCUCAGAGAAGGAACUGUCCGAAUCCCCCUUCGGGGAGUCGCCGGCAGCGCGCGCCUGGGCGCUGGAGCAGCGGCUUUCGCAGCACUCCUGGCAGGACCGGCCGCUGGGUAUCCGCGCCAGUCGGGUGGGGCCUGUGGGGCCGGUUGUGCCGCACCGCGGGGCGCUGUCUGAGACUCGGGAGUCCUAUGGGCCCCCAGUGCCCCCUCUUGACCGGCUCAAUCUCCUCUGCCCGCUGACGCUGCCCUGGGGCGGCCUCCACUGGAACCCGGUGCCGGGCAUCCACAGCGUGCCGCAUGCCUACAGCACCGAGAACUCGCAGUACGGCAGCUCCCGGCCCGCGCUCAUCUGAGCUGGCCCGGCGU